ACAAACACAGUAGGCAAAAGUAGAUAAGCUUUCAUUUGAAACAUAUUUCGUCGUGGGAAAUUGUUUACCCAAACACAGAUUUAAAACACCUUAUACUAGCCCAAAAAUAAAGCCGCGAAAUGAUUCGAGCCUGUCGACCCCUGAUCACCAAGAGUGGACUACACCUAAGACGAUGUUCUCAAUCGAAGGCUGCGAUUCACUUGAGAAAAGAAGAUGUCGAAGAAAUGGAAACACCAGCAAAUAGACAGAGGGUCGAGAUACCACCAAAUCCCGAGGAAAAACUGAGCAAGCGCUAUCUGGAGUUCCGGGAAAAGCUGCGAUCGGAGGCGCCGCUGGAACCUCUGCCCGAGUGUGCACCACAUCCGGCCCACGAAAAGGAGCCCCUGAAGCCGUGGCCCAACAAUACCAAUCCCUAUACCGGGGAAAUCGGUGGACAGGCGGGACCAGAACCCACGCGCUAUGGCGACUGGGAGCGCAAGGGACGAGUCACGGAUUUCUGAGGGAGUCAUAUCUUCACCUGGACACCUUUUUGUUUGGACAAUUGUGAUUUAUUAACCGUGUUAACAACAGAAGCACUCACAAUUUGUUACACUCCCGAUGUGCGCUACAGUAGCCACGGAAUCCAGAUCAAGAUGAGGAACAUCAAGAUUCCCAUUGCUGCUUCUGCGAAGGCAUUACAUAAAUUUCUUUGUGUGAUUUCUUUGUGGCUUCUAGCGAGAGGAUUUGUGGAUGGGCCUGCCAUCAAAAAUAAAUUGAUAGCCCUUUCUUUCGCCUCUCGAAAAAAGGGGUUCUCAGAAUAGAGA